AUCAGGAUGUUUUAUCCUGAAUUCCUGAUUUUCAGGAUGAGUAUGAGGUGCCAGACCUGAAAAAUCCGAUUAAAUGAAUUUCUGACCCUGUAAAUUCAGUAUGGUUAUCAUAUGACAACCCUGAGAACUCAGUAUAGUGUUCGUGUACCAGCCCUGACUGCUCAGUAUGAAUUCGAGGAUAACCCUGAUACCUCGAAUCUGGCUUCAGGGGGGGCGCUACGGAUCGACCUGACGGGCGUGCAGUCGCAGGUACGGCGAACGAUCGUCUUCAUUCGUUCGCGCUACGUCAACUGCGGGCCUAACUUCGGCACGAACAGCGAUCGCCUGUCCAAGUUUCUGGAGCGCCACGCCAGCAACCGAGAUGUGAUCGUGCAGGGCGUCGAUGCAGACGGAAUGGAGCGAGUGCAUCAAUUCGAGCUUCACGAGGAGCCGCUGCCAAACUACACCACUGCCCGCGGCGACAAAGCUUCCUGCACGCUCACCUGUCGCUCCUACGCGACCGAGCUCAUCUACAACGUGCAGCUGCGGCUCGGCGACCUUGAGCGGCUCAACGGGUCAAAGCUGUGGAUGCCCCGAACAUGGCCGCGGAACACGGAGGCGAGGGACGAGGAGUGCGCCGAGCACUUUGACAGCGUGGUCGAACUCUUCCACGCCAGCGACCGCGUUGAAAUUCUGCCAGGAGUCGACAAGCGGCUGGCACGCAAGGAACUCAGCACCCUCGUGCCAGUGCUUGCUGGUGUGCCAAAAGAGGAGCAGCCAUUCCAUGCCGGACUUGCAGCCAUCCUGGAGACCAGCGACUGGCCGCGCAGCUACCCGAAUCUCGUGCGCCUGUGGGUGGCUGUGGCAGUGCUUCCUCUCAGCACUGUUGAGUGCGAGAGGGGAUUCUCGCGACAAAAUGUGAUUAAGAGCUGGAACCGGACGAGUCUGUGCAACGGGAAGCUGGAGGAUCUGAUGUGCAUGAGUUUGCUAGAGUAUGACAUGAACUGGGAUAGGGUCAUUGAGGUGUGGCGCGGCAUGAAGAAGAGACGGCCAAGGAGGGCCCACCAGAGCGAAGUGCGUGCGAGGAAGUCUGCCAAGGGCAAAGAGAAAGUGGUGGUGUUGUCCGAAGAGGAGCAUGAUGAUGAGGCACGAGCGGACGAUGAGAACAGCUGCUCCAGCAGCGGGUUUAGUUCUAGUGAUGAUGAGGAGGAUGGUGGAAACUUCUGAGUCGAGCCACAUGUAUGCUGCAGUACUGUGAAUAUUGAUUAUCUC